AUGCCGGGAGACGCCAGCGUCGCAGACGGCCUUGCGCCAGAGAUCGACGGCCGCCUCCUCCUCCUCUCGAACCGGCUCCCCAUCACCAUCAAGCGCUCCGAUGACGGCAGGUACACAUUCUCCAUGUCCUCGGGCGGCCUGGUCACCGGCCUCAGCGGCCUCAGCAAGACCACCAGCUUCCAGUGGUACGGAUGGCCGGGUCUCGAGGUGCCCGACACCGAGGUCGCCGACAUGAAGCAGCGCCUCAAGGAUGCGUACGGCGCCCAUCCAGUAUUCAUCGACGACGAGCUCGCCGACAGACAUUACAAUGGAUUUUCAAACUCCAUCCUCUGGCCCCUCUUCCACUACCACCCAGGCGAAAUCACGUUUGACGAGUCCGCAUGGGCAGCCUACCAAGAAGUCAACCGGCUCUUCGCCCAGACCGUCAUCAAGGACGUCCAAGACGGCGACCUCAUCUGGGUCCACGACUACCACCUCAUGCUCCUCCCCCAGAUGCUGCGCGAGGAAAUCUCCAAGACCAACAACAAGGUCAAGAUCGGCUUCUUCCUGCACACGCCGUUCCCCAGCAGCGAAAUCUACCGCAUCCUGCCCGUCCGUGAGGCCCUGCUCCGCGGCCUGCUGGACUGCGACCUGAUCGGAUUCCACACGUACGACUACGCGCGCCACUUCCUCAGCAGCUGCUCCCGCAUCCUGGGCACGCACACGACGCCCAACGGCGUCGACUGGAACGGGCGCUUCGUCACCAUUGGCGCGUUCCCCAUCGGCAUCGACCCGGACAAGUUCGUCGAGGGCCUCGGGAAGCCCGCCGUGCAGGACCGCAUCGCCACGCUGACCCGCAAGUUCGAGGGCGUCAAGCUCAUCGUCGGCGUCGACAGGCUCGACUACAUCAAGGGCGUGCCGCAGAAGCUGCACGCCCUCGAGGUCUUCCUGACCGAGCACCCCGAGUGGAUCGGCAAGAUCGUCCUCGUCCAGGUGGCCGUCCCGUCGCGCCAAGACGUCGAGGAGUACCAGAACCUGCGCGCCGUCGUCAACGAGCUCGUCGGCCGCAUCAACGGCAAGUUCGGCACCAUCGAGUUCAUGCCCAUCCACUUCCUCCACCAGUCCGUCUCCUUUGACGAGCUCACCGCCCUCUACGCCGUCUCCGACGUCUGCCUCGUCUCCUCCACCCGCGACGGCAUGAACCUCGUCUCGUACGAGUACAUUGCCACCCAGCAGGCCCGCCACGGCGUCAUGAUCCUCUCCGAGUUCACCGGCGCCGCGCAGUCCCUCAACGGGAGCAUCAUCGUCAACCCCUGGAACACGGAGGAGCUGGCCAACGCCAUCCACGACGCCGUCGCCAUGAGCCCCGAGCAGCGCGCCGCCAACUACAACAAACUCCAGCGCUACGUCUUCAAGUACACCAGCGCGUGGUGGGGGACCAGCUUCGUCUCGGAAAUGACGCGCCUCAACUCGGCCAACGUCCAGCCCAAGACGGUGCCGCACGGGUCGGCCGCCGGGGCGCCGCUCGACCAGGACGAAAAGGACGAGGCCAUUUCCCCCAUUGCGGAAUAA